AUGACAGAGCCAAAGCAGGCGGCCUUAGAGAAGGAGGCGCGGAUUGCGGCGGUUAACGUAGAGUGCAACGUGGAAGAUGCCCCUCGUAGGCAGCGGGGCCAGAAGUCUAAGGAUCUACAGACCAAGGCAUCAGCUGCUCGGGUGUCAGCACAGGGCCAUUCUUCCAAGGCAACUGGCAGUGGGAAAAAGAAAGUAAACAAGCGAUUGGAACAUGCGCAUGGCAAAGCUGCACAAAGCGACUUGCAUAGCCUGUACUGCAACGCGUGCGGCGCUCCCGCAGAGUUCGGGCUGCGAGGAAGCAAGGAGGGGGGAAGCGUCAAGUACUCGUGCAGAGCGCACACCACGUCGAGUGGUUGCUUUCGAGUCGACCGAGACCGCGCAGCAUGGGCAGAGGACCGAGAGAUGCGCCGCCUGAGAGCACAGGAGAGGAGGUUGGAAGAAGAGCUGCGGAACCUGGGAGGGCCCUCCUUCACUGCAAAACCGCCAUAUGCUUCGGAAAAGUCCCAAAGUGUGGGGCCUCAGGCUUCAAUGCCCAUGAGCCGGUCGCUCAUAGCUGCUCUUCUCAUGAUGGGUGGGAUAGAGAUCAACCCCGGCCCUACUGCAGACAAGGAGAUAGAGAUGGAAGUGUGCAUCUGGAGGACGCCAGACUUCAAUGCGAUACCAAAGGGGGAGACAGAGGGGAUCCCUACAGACAUCAAACUGCUGCCAGACACUGCUGCUGAAGAAGACCAGCGCCUGCACUUGCUGAACCAGUUUGGGGAAAAGGAGAGAGUCUUUGUGUGGGGUAGGCCCCUGCGCCCUGGGGGUGAGCCUGUCUUCCGGGAAGUCGAGCGGGCAAAGGCUUUGAAAGCCCCGCCACUGAUGGAGCGGCUGACCCAGCGCCCCCAGAUCAAAGUUGUCUCAGGGGCUGGUCCAUCAGCAGUUGGCGAAUCCAGCAGUGGGGUGCAGGUGCGGGGGGAGCAGGUGGGCCGGAAGGAGUACAUUGGAAGCAGGACGGAGGGCAUCAAUAACAGAAGCAAGGAAGCCUACUCCUUGAGAACCAAGACUGUAGAUGCGGUCAUAGAUGCAAUGGACGAGCAGGGGGCUAUUCUAGUCAGAGCUCCGCCUCAGAGUGGAAAGACUUCGUUGCUUCAGCUGGUUGGGGACAAGCUGACUAAUAUGCAAAGCAAGGUCUACUACGUCUCGUUGGGGCAGUACGAUCCGGCAGAACAGGACUCGUUCGAGAGAGUGUGGGCUGAGUACAAUCCUGGCACCGUCUUCAACAACAUCGUUGUCACUCCGCAAACCUCCCCAGAGUCUAACAACAAGCCGGCCCCCCCACCCCAACCUGUGUACCUCCUUGUAGACGAAGCCCAGAAGGCCUUCCCCACUCUAGGACUGGCCCUGUUCAAGAAGCUAAAGGACAUCCAGAGCGGGAGGUCCAAGAGCGGUUUGCGUAUUCUACUAGUCUCGUGCUGGGGCAGCAAGAGGAUCAAGGCAACGACCGCCGCUGGAUCCGCGUUCUCUACCCCGGGCUCUUGGGACAAUCAGACUACGAUAGGACUUUGGCGAGAGCCGGAGUCGAGCGGGCUGGACAUAGCGCUCCAGUUCACGUUCGACGAAGCACAGGAGUACUGGGCGGGCUGGUUAGCUGCCAAUGGUUGGAGCGGGUAUGCAGCGGAUUCGGAGCGCAACUACCUCUUUGUCAUAACUCAGCGUCAGCCUGGCGCACUCUCGCUCCUCCUGGACCGCAUCAAGGACCUGGGCCUCCAACCCUCACGAGCCACUGAAACCGAGUGGCAUGAGAAAGUGCGGGCUUGGCUGCUGAGCGAGAACCUCAUCAAGGCGGUCGCUGACUUGCGCAGUAUGAGCAUGUUAGCGGAUGCCUUUGAUCAAGGCAUCACCGGUGCUGUCCCUGGGUCUGCCGAUGUUCCAGCAGUUGCUGUGAAGGACCUCGUACGGAAGUUGCUGCACGGGGGUGAAUUGAAGGUCCACUCCAGUCAGCUCGUUCGGUUUGCAGACGAGUAUGAUGCUGCAUUGACGCUGACAAGAUUAGGGCAGCUGAUCCUAGAACAGGAGUUCUUCUAUCUGCCCUCCAUCCUCCACAUGCGGUAUAUGACCCGCCAGUUAUAUCUGGGCCGUAACCAGGACGCACAUGCUAUUCUCGAGGCGGGCAUUUUUGAGUUCGUCGUGGUAGUGGUGGAGCGGCUUGAUCCUGUCCAAUUGAGGAAGUCGGAGUCUCGUCAUUCUGCCGAGAGCGCCCUGUAUGAGCGACAGUUCCAGAACUCCUUUUAUCAGGCCGCUAUGAGCUACCUACCCCACGAUGCGAUUCUCUCACCUGAUGUCGGGUACCUAUAUGGAGCCGAAGGCUACCUUGAUUUCUUGCUGGGGCACCCGUUUGCAUGGGGAUUUGAACUUCUACGAGAAGGUGAUAGGCGGCGGGAGCACCUGGCAAGGUUUGCUUCUGGAGGGAAGUACUUUCCACUCCUCAAUGCCAACGCCGUUAAGCAAUGGGUAGUGUUGGAUUUCUGCUGGAAGAGAGGCGCUUUUCCUCCAGAGAUCCCACACGGCUUUGUGCACGUUUCAUUUUCGGACAACUUCACACAAGCUGUUGUAACAGCUAGCGACAAGCAGAAGAUCGUUGAGUUGAGAGGCCUUAGAUAAGUUUCGCUGAUUUACAUUGACUUCCGAAACUAAGAACGAUCAUAUGCCGCAAGGUCACUUGCCAGCAUUUUCUUUGCAUAAAAGCCAUCCGUGGCAAGAGGAUGUAGGAAGCUGCCCGAUUGGGGAUUUAAGCAGCCGACGGCCUCCAAUUGGGACUUUGUUUGUGUGCCUUUGCAAUACAGAGAUCAUGC